UUGUUUUCCUUUUCCUAAUUUCUACUCCCACUUUCUCUCUCACACAUUUCACCCUUUUUCCCCACAGGGCUUUUGCGCUCGGCGCUCUCUUUCUUCCCCUCUCUCUGUCUUAAAUUUUAAUGUCUUCUGCUGUGUCCUCGCUUUCUCUGUCUUCCGACAUCGUUUCGAGCAGACGGCAUUGUUUCAUCCUAGAUGCCCAACCGUUGUGCUCUUCCAUGAGGUCCUCGAUGCUCCCAUUCUCAACAUGACUGAUAAUCAGGUGUUGGUUUUUGGAUCUUUUACUGAAGAUGAGAUCAGAUCCAUGCAAUGUCAACCACAAAAGAAUGAUACACAGAUAAUAUUUGGUUCUUUGGAUUUGGAAACUUUAAGAUCUGUGGGAAUUUUCAGUACAAAAUUGACUGAGCUUCAUUCACCUAAUGGAUCUGAGAGUUCAAUACCUGAUAAUACACCAAAUAAAAUGCUCCCUUGUGAUAGCAGAAGUACACCAGUCUCAGAAGUUGCUGUGGUGGAAGAAAAUGGGUGCCCCAAUCGUACCAUCUGUCCUGGCGAUAGUGGUUUGAAACAAUUGAAGCCCGCCAAAAUAGAUGGACAUGCAUCAGUAGGUUCUGAUAGUGCACACAAUUUAUCUAAAAAGUCAACCACAGAGCUGCCUGAUAUCAAUGGAGUGAGGGAGUUAUUUUACUCAGAAAAUAUUGUUUUGCAUGAUUCUGGAAAUGGUAUUCAGCAAGUGGACUCUGUAUGGAGCACCUACAAGGAUUCAAAUUGGCCAAAUCCUAUUCGUAGGAGUUUUUUGCCUAGAGGUUUAGUCAACUUGGGAAACCUUUGCUUUCUCAAUGCGACUCUGCAAGCUCUACUAUCAUGUUCUCCCUUUCUGGAGCUGCUGCAUGAGCUAAGAAAUAGUAAUAUACCAGAGAUUGGUUAUCCAACAUUGCGUGCAUUUGUUGAUUUCAUUUCUGACUUCGACAUGCUCCCUGACUCAGUUGAAAAGAGGAAUGAGAAUACUGCUCUUCAAACUGGAAUACCAUUUCGGCCUGUCAUGUUUGACUCCAUAUUGAAGAGUUUCACUCCUGAUAUUCCUGAUAACUUAUCAGGCAGGCCUAGACAAGAAGACGCGCAAGAGUUCCUAAGUUUUGUCAUGCAUCAGAUGCAUGAUGAAUUGCUUAAACUUGACGGGCAAGUUCCAAAUGGAAAUGGAAAAACUGCAUCAUUGGUCUCUUCGACUGAUGAUGAAAGUGAGGAUGACAACUGGGAGACUGUUGGUCCAAGGAAUAAAACUGCAAUAACAAGAACUCAGAGUUUUCUACCCUCAAAGUUGAGUUCCAUUUUUGGUGGUCAAUUAAAAAGUGUGGUGAAGGCAAGAGGUAACAAGGCCUCUGCUACCAUACAGCCAUUUAUCCUGCUCCACCUUAAUAUUUGUCCUGAGCCUAUCUGUACAGUAGAAGAUGCACUUAGAUUGUUUUCUGAGCCAGAAACACUUGAAGGGUAUAGAAUAUCAGCAGCUGGAAAGGCUGAGGUGGUAACUGCCAGUAAAUCUGUUAAGAUUUCGGAGCUUUCUGAAAUUAUGGUUUUGCAUUUGAUGCGCUUUAGCUACGGAAGCCAAGGAAGCACCAAAUUGCACAAAACUGUGCAUUUUCCUUUGGAGCUGCUUGUUGGCCGUGAAUUGCUCGCAUCUCCAAGCUCUGAGGCUAGAAGGUACGAACUGGUUGCUACGAUCACUCAUCAUGGUAGGGACCCUUCAAAGGGACACUACACUGCAGAUGCACGUCACCCCAAUGGUACAUGGCUGCGUUAUGAUGAUGCCUCCGUCACACCCAUUCCUAAAAGCAAGGUGCUGCACGACCAGGCAUACGUUCUCUUCUACAAACAAUUGUAGCUGAUAUGUAUCCAGAUUUAUUGUACAUGUACUCUAUUAGGUUGCGUGAGUAUAGAAUCUGGUGAUGUUGAUGACAAUAGCUAGUGAAACGGAGAAACACAAUAGUAUUGCAUUAUUUCUCAGACUGGGCCCCUGAUGAUUUCAACGAUUGAGAAGCAUGUAAUUCAGCUUGAACCAGUUGCUGGCAGUUUGGAUUAUGGUGGUUGUGAUGAGAUGAGCCCAGGUAUAUUGAAAACGUGUUGAUUGUACUGAAAUCAGGGUAGAAGGGUGACAUUUUGUUGGAACGGCUGUAACGUGAUUCAUUGAUCUGAGAACUCAAAAGUUGAUUCAUUGAUCUGAGAACUCAAAUGAGCAACGUUGGGUUGUUUGGUGGAA